AUGUCUUCCAGUUUCUCUUUGCGGAGCUUCUCUGUGGGCCACCAGCCCUCCUUCUCCAGUUUAUCUCUGAGAGACAGUGGCCGUGCCCGCUCCAGAGCCGCUGUGUCCUUUGCCGCGGCCAGCCCCCUGACCCGCUCUGCAUCCGUCAGCCACGACCUGAACAGCCAGCCCGUCAACUUGAACCUCAAUGGGCAGCUGGGUAACCAUACCAAUGAGAAGGAGGCCAUGCAAGGCCUCAACAACCGCCUGGCCACUUACCUGGACAAGGUAGGCGGAAGGUAGCCUAGAGGUUAGAAAAGCUGGUCAGCAACCAAAAGGUUGUUGGUUCAAAUCCCUGAUCCGCUGGAAAUCUGGUGGGAAGUGAGCUUGCAACCAGAUAGUUACAGUAUCAGUAUCCUAGAUGCCAUUUCCUGCUGUUGUGCCCUUGAGCAAGGCACUUGCAGGUACUAAAAGAUGAUGGACAAUAAACUCCUUCUUCUUCUUCUAAGGUGCGCUCACUGGAGAAGUCCAAUGCAGAUCUGGAGCUGAGGAUCAAGCAGAUAAUGAUUGAGCGCAUCCCUAAAAGUCACGACUUCGAAACCAUGAUGGCCCAGGCCCACCAGGUGGAACAGGAGGUGGGUUCCCAAUGUCCCUACGUUACCAUGAUCCCUCUUUCUCACCCCAUGUAACUCCCCAUGCCCUUAUCUCACUUCUUGCAGCAUGUUCAACGAGGACACACUGUGUCAUAAUAUGGAUAUACACAUUGUAAACAUAGUAUGUAUAGUCACAUAGUACACACUUGUGGCCAUAUACGUAUGUGUUCUUCACACUCUCUUAAAUAGGAGUUUAACAUUAGCAAAAAUUGACCCUUUUAGUUAACCUGCACUAGACUGACACACUAGACUGUUGGUUAAAGAUUAGUCAAAAUAAGGCCAUGUAAAAUUGAAUGGUUACACGUGAAUGAGAAUGGAAUGUGUUACCCAAUUUCUCAAGGAUGUACACCUACUCAUUCAAGGGUUUUUCUUUAUUUUGACUAUUUUCUACAUUGUAGAAUAAUAGUGAAUACAUCAAAGCUAUGAAAUAACACAUAUGGAAUCAUGUAGUAACCAAAAAAGUGUUAAACAAAUCAAAAUAUAUUUUAUAUUUGAGGUUCUUCAAAGUAGCCACCCUUUGCCUUGAUGACAGCUUUGCACACCCUUGGCAUUCUCUCAACCAGCUUCACCUAGAAUGCUUUUCCAACGGUCUUGAAGGAGUUCCCACAUAUGCUGAGCACUUGUUGGCUGCUUUUCCUUCACUCUGCGGUCCAACUCAUCCCAAACCAUCUCAAUUGGGUUGAGGUCGGGUGAUUGUAGAGGCUAGGUCAUCUGAUGCAACUCCAUCACUCUCCUUCUUGGUCAAACAGCCCUUACACAGCCUGGAGGUGUGAUUUGGGUCAUUGUCCUGUUAAAAAACGAAUUAUAGUCCCACUAAGCGUAAACCAGAUGGGAUGGUGUAUCGCUGCAGAAUGCUUCACGGUGGACUUAUCAGACCAAAGGACAGAUUUCCACCAGUCUAAUGUCCAUUGCUCGUGUUUCUUGGCCCAAGCAAGUCUCUUCUUCUUAUUGGUGUCCAUUAGUAGUGGUUUCUUUGCAGCAAUUCGACCAUGAAGGCCUGAUUCACGCAGUCUCCUCUGAACAGUUGAUGUUGAGAUGUGUCUGUUACUUGAACUCUGUGAAGCAUUUAUCUGGGCUGCAAUUUCUGAGGUUGGUAACUCUAAUGAACUUAUCCUCUGCAGCAGAGGUAACUCUGGUUCUUCCUUUCCUGUGGCGGUCCUCAUGAGAGCCAGUUUCAUCAUAGCGCUUGAUGGUUUUUGCGACUGCACUUGAAGAAAUGUUCAAAGUUCUCAAUGUUCUGAAUUGACUGACCUUCAUGUCUUAAAGUAAUGAUGGACUGUCGUUUCUCUUUGCUUAUUUGAGCUAUAAGGCAAGUACGGGAAACAAUAGAACACAAUGAAAAAUCUGGGAAACCAGGCCUGCUAUUCGUAGCUGACUUUGAAAAUACUUUUGAUAAAGUACGACUGGAGUUUAUAUAAACUCAGCAAAAAAAGAAACGUCCUCUCACUGUCAACUGCGUUUAUUUUCAGCAAACUUAACAUGUGUAACAUUUUGAAUGAACAUAACAAGAUUCAACAACUGAGACAUAAACUGAACAAGUUCCACAGACAUGUGACUAACAGAAAUUGAAUAAUGUGUCCCUGAACAAAGGGGGGGUCAAAAUCAAAAGUAACAGUCAGUAUCUGGUGUGGCCACCAACUGCAUUAGAUACUGCAGGGCAUCUCCUCCUCAUGGACUGCACCAUAUUUGCCAGUUCUUGCUGUGAGAUGUUACCCCACUCUUCCACCAAGGCACCUGCAAGUACCAGACAUUUCUGGGGGGAAUGGCCCUAGCCCUCACCCUCCGAUCCAACAGGUCCUAGACGUGCUCACUGGGAUUGAGAUCCGGGCUCUUCGCUGGCCAUGGCAGAACACUGACAUUUCUGUCUUGCAGGAAAUCACGCACAGAACGAACAGUAUGGCUGGUGGCAUUGUCAUGCUGGAGGGUCAUGUCAGGAUGAGCCUGCAGGAAGGGUACCACAUGAGGGAGGAGGAUGUCUUCCCUGUAACACACAGCGUUGAGAUUGCCUGCAAUGACAACAAGCUCAGUCCGAUGAUGCUGUGACACACCGCCCCAGACCAUGACGGACCCUCCACCACCAAAUCGAUCCCGCUCCAGAGUACAGGCUUCGGUGUAACGUUCAUUCCUUCGACGAUAAACAAGAAUCUGACCAUCACCCCUGGUGAGACAAAACCGCGACUCAUCAGUGAAGAGCACUUUUUGCCAGUCCUGUCUGGUCCAGCGAUAGUGGAUUUGUGCCCAUAUGCGACGCUGUUGCCGGUGAUGUCUGGUGAGGACCUGCCUUACAACAGGCCUACAAGCCCUCAGUCCAGCCUCUCUCAGCCUAUUGCGGACAGUCUGAGCACUGAUGGAGGGAUUGUGCGUUCCUGGUGUAACUCGGGCAGUUGUUGUUGCCAUCCUGUACCUGUCCCGCAGGUGUGAUGUUCGGAUGUACCGAUCCUGUGCAAGUGUUGUUACACGUGGUCUGCCACUGCAAGGAUGAUCAGCUGUCUGUCCUGUCUCCCUGUGGCGCUGUCUUAGGCGUCUCACAGUACGGACAUUGCAAUUUAUUGCCCUGGCCACAUCUGCAGUCCUCAUGCCUCCUUGCAGCAUGCCUAAGGCACGUUCACGCAGAUGAGCAGGGACCUUGGGCAUCUUUCUUUUGGUGUUUUUCAGAGUCAGUAGAAAGGCCUCUUUAGUGUCCGAAGUUUUCAUAACUGUGACCGUAAUUGCCUACCAUCUUUAUACUGUUAGUGUCUUAACGACCGUUCCACAGGUGCAUGUUCAUUAAUUGUUUAUGGUUCAUUGAACAAGCAUGGGGAACAGUGAUUAAACCCUUUACAAUGAAGAUCUGUGAAGUUACAUGGAUUUGUACGAAUUAUCUUUGAAAGACAGGAUCCUAAAAAAGGUAUGUUUCUUUUUUUGCUGAGUUUAGAAUUAUGUAGAUAUGUAAAAGUGAAUGCUGCUUUUCUUAGGUGAGGAGGAAGACACUGGAGAACGCUCGCCUCAUGCUGGAGAUUGACAAUGCUAAACUUGCAACUGAUGACUUCAGGAACAAGUGAGUUUCAGGACUGGUUCCAUGCACCUCUCUGUUUGUCAUGUCUUUGCAUCUUUGCUUCUGUUGUUCAGUACAUCUGUAGCUCUGUUCAAUUUCAGGUGAAGGCUACAAAGGUUAAAGCGCUUGAAGCAGGUUUGCAGGUGUAUGUUUAGGCAAAGGCCUGUGUGUACUGUUGUGUAUUUUGUAGUCUACAGGACAUGUUGAUUGGCACCACGCAAACAUCACCUAGUAGGCAAAUAUUUGGGAAUUUUUAAGUGUGACUGUAUGUGUGUCAGUGUGUGCUUGUGAAUAUGCGUAUGCAAGUGUCGAUUAGUCCUGUGACUACAUUCCCUUCCUCCCUCUUUCCCGCCCUCCUUCACCCCACCCCUUCUUUCAGGUUUACAUUAAAUGUUUCUAUGUGUAAUGAAUACUUUGGAAGUCUUAGUCACCCAAGCUCUCACAUUCUCUCACUUUACAAUCUCUCACUUCUCAAACUCUCAAUCUCUCACAAUGUCUCACUUCUCAAUCUCUCCCAAACUCUUCCCUCCCUCCCAGGUGGGAGACAGAGAUGUGCAUGUCCCAGUCUGUGGAGAGGGACUGCUUGGCCCUGAAGAAGGCCAAGGUGGACCAUGAGCAGAUCAUCGUGUCCCUGAGAGGAGACCUGGACAGCCUGAAGGAAGAGCUCUACUUCCUCAAGAAGAACCAUGAGGAGGUGAGAGGAGAUAGCUCUGUAGAUCUUCAUUCAUCCAAAAGCAUAUAAAUAAAAAAGUAACACAAGAAAGAGGACAACUCCCCUAACGAUGAUGAUAUCCCAGCAGACAAAACUAGUUGAAGUUAUGUCAUCAUUAUGUAAUUUUAACUAGUUUUGUCCACUGAGAUAGUGGGGCCAGGUGUUCAUCCUUAGCUUUGUGACCUGGCCUAUCACUCAAACCCAGAGUUUUCCCUGGUCUCCUGGUAUGAGGAGGUAUUACUGACUGGAGAGAGACAAGGGUGUCCUCUGUCACCAUUCCUCUUCUAGCUGGCCAUUAGCUGGAUAAUCACAAAGACUACAGAAUAUAAUAAUUGGUCUGCGAGGGGAAGCAAUGAAGGAGGAGAAUAGAGUGGUCCUCUGUUCCUUUCUGCACUGGUGGUGGUAUCACUCUGCAUCCCCUGGGAAGCUGGGAUGCACUAGAAAGCUUGGAACCUGCUCGGAGUCUGAAACUCAACACCGGAGGUCCCUUUGUGUUAAGUAACUUGAAGCCUGAGAGUAACUCAGGUCUUAGAUUUUUUACUCAAGUCUCCAUAGAGGCCCCUCUGAUAACAUCUUUGCUUCACUGGUUGCUCUGCUCUGAAUAGGCACACUACAGACCUGUGUGAAGACAUAAGUUACCUUAUACUACUUGUCUGUGGCGAGGGGUAGAAUGAUCAAAUCAAAUCAAAUCAAAUCAAAUUUUAUUGGUCACAUGCGCCGAAUACAACAGGUGCAGACAUUACAGUGAAAUGCUUACUUACAGCCCUUAACCAACAGUGCAUUUAUUUUAAACAAAAAAGUAAGAAUAAAACAACAACAAAAAAGUGUUGAGAAAAAAAGAGCAGAAGUAAAAAAUAAAGUGACAGUAGGGAGGCUAUAUAUACAAUAGAAUAAAGUGACAGUAGGGAGGCUAUAUAUACAGGGGGGUACCGUUGCAUAGUCAAUGUGCGGGGGCACCGGCUAGUUGAGGUAGUUGAGGUAAUAUGUACAUGUGGGUAGAGUUAAAGUGACUAUGCAUAAAUACUUAACAGAGUAGCAGCAGCGUAAAAAGGAUGGGGUGGGGGGGCAGUGCAAAUAGUCCGGGUAGCCAUGAUUAGCUGUUCAGGAGUCUUAUGGCUUGGGGGUAGAAGCUGUUGAGAAGUCUUUUGGACCUAGACUUGGCACUCCGGUACCGCUUGCCGUGCGGUAGCAGAGAGAACAGUCUAUGACUAGGGUGACUGGAGUCUUUGACAAUUUUGAGGGCCUUCCUCUGACACCGCCUGGUAUAGAGGUCCUGGAUGGCAGGGAGCUUUGCCCCAGUGAUGUACUGGGCCGUACGCACUACCCUCUGUAGUGCCUUGCGGUCAGAGGCCAAGCAGUUGCCAUACCAGGCGGUGAUGCAACCAGUCAGGAUGAUGUGUGUGUGUGUGUGUGUGUGUGUGUGUGCGCGCGCAUGUAAGUGUUUGUGCAUGUAAGUGUGCGUAGGCUCAACCCUUCCUGUUUUCCUAUGGUGUGUGUGCUUUAAGUCGAUGACUGGCACCAGAAGUGCUGGGUGUGUUUGGAAAGCAGGGUGUGGUGCCAAUGCAGUGGUACCAUAUGUUCUAUCUAUUAGGCUGUAUGUGACACACAGAGAAAGGGCAUAGUGAGAGGGAACAGUGAUCAAGGCACACACUAGGAGUAACAUGAGCUCAACUCCAUCAAGUAUUUAUGGAGAGGAUGUUAAUAAAGAGGAGGGUCUCACCUUCUCUCUUGUGGGGUGUAGAAUUCACUGGAGAACACACACUUCAGAGGACUAAUACACGGACAGAGAAUAUUCAUAAAAGCAUGCAAACAAUAACAUGGAGAAAAACAUGGUGGAAAUUAUGUUAGAAACUGAACACAAAGACAAUCACGUAAGAGUUUCCAUUUCCUGUCUUGCUUGCUCUUUGGGGGUCUACGCCAGGUUACUGUGAAGUACUUUGUGACAACUGAUGUAAUUGAUUGAUUAAUUGAUUGAUUGAUCAUCUCUCUGAAGGAGGUGAAGUCUAUGAAGGGCCAUAUUGCUGCUCAGACUGUUAACGUGGAGGUGGACUCAGGCCGUGGUGGACCUGAACUGGGCACAGUUAUGUCAGAGCUCAGGACUCAGUACGAGGGUAUCGUCAAGAAGAACAAGGACCAAGCUGAGCAGUGGUACCUCAAGAAGGUCAGUGGGGGACUGGCUGGCUGGGUGCAUCACCAUGCCAGAAACUAGCCACUAGUGUUUAGUCUCUCAGGGCUGAUUAUUUGUAACUUAAGAGGUGUGCGUGUGACUAGAAUUUUCAUGCAAAUCUCCCAUUGACGUUGCAUGUGUAUCUCAAGUUACGAUUCAGGCGUAUCAUAGAUAUUAUAUCCAGGUGAACCCAGGUAUUUGAACGCAGGUCUGGUAUCUAGUAACAUGGCCUACAGCGUUCAGGAACGUGUGUGUGUGUGUUACUGAUCUCAGUAACACGGAGAUGUGGUGCGUUCAGGAACGUGUGUGUGGUGUGUUACAGCUGGAGACCGUGCAGAACGAGGUGAAGGAGUCUAACGAGGCUCUGAGAGGAGCUCAGAGUGAGCUGGUAGACAGACGACGCUUCCUACAGACCCUGGAGGUAGAGCUGGAGAGUCUGCACAAACAGGUAGGAACUAGGAACCUUUCACCUGGGGAUUGUGUUGUAUUGGGGAACUUAGAAUACGGUGUCACCUUAAGAUAAAGCUGGAAAGUCUGCACAAACAGGAAGGAACUUUUCAUCUGGGGGGUUGUGUUUCACUGGGGAACAUAAAUAUACAGUGCCUUGCAAAAGUAUUAAUCCCCUUUGGUGUUUUUCCUAUUUUGUUGCAUUACAACCUGUAAUUUAAAUUGAUUUUUAUUUGGAUUUCAUGUAAUGGACAUACACAAAAUAGUCCAAAUUGGUGAGUGAAAUGAAAAAGAUUACUUGUUAAAAAGAACUAUAAAAAAUAAAUAACGGAAAAGUGGUGCGUGCAUAUGUAUUCACACCCUUUGCUAUGAAGCCCCUAAAUAAGAUCUGGUACAACCAAUUACCUUCAGAAGUCACAUAAUUAGUUAAAUAAAGCCCCCUGUGUGCAAUCUAAGUGUCACAUGAUCUGUCACAUGAUCUCAGUAUAUACAGUGGUGAGAGCAAGUAUUUGAUACACUGCCGAUUUUGCAGGUUUUCCUACUUACAAAGCAUAUAGAGGUCUGUAAUUUUUUAUCAUAGGUACACUUCAACUGUGAGAGACGGAAUCUAAAACAAAAAUCCAGAAAAUCACAUUGUAUGAUUUUUAUGUAAUUAAUUUGCAUUUUAUUGCAUGACAUAAGUAUUUGAUACAUCAGAAAAGCAGAACUUAAUAUUUGGUACAGAAACCUUUGUUUGCAAUUACAGAGAUCAUACAUUUCCUGUAGGUCUUGACCAGGUUUGCACACACUGCAGCAGGGAUUUUGGCCCACUCCUCCAUACAGACCUUCUCCAGAUCCUUCAGGUUUCGGGGCUGUCGCUGGGCAAUACGGACUUUCAGCUCCCUCCAAAGAUUUUCUAUUGGGUUCAGGUCUGGAGACUGGCUAGGCCACUCCAGGACUUUGAGAUGCUUCUUACGGAGCCACUCCUUAGGUGCCCUGGCUGUGUGUUUCGGGUCGUUGUCAUGCUGGAAGACCCAGCCACGACCCAUCUUCAAUGCUCUUACUGAGGGAAGGAGGUUGUUGGCCAAGAUCUCGCGAUACAUGGCCCCAUCCAUCCUCCCGUCAAUAUGGUGCAGUCGUCCUGUCCCCUUUGCAGAAAAGCAUCCCCAAAGAAUGAUGUUUCCACCUCCAUGCUUCACAGUUGGGAUGGUGUUCUUGGGGUUGUACUCAUCCUUCUUCUUCCUCCAAACAUGGCGAGUGGAGUUUAGACCAAAAAAAGCUAUAUUUUUGUCUCAUCAGACCACAUGGCCUUCUCCCAUUCCUCCUCUGGAUCAUCCGGAUGGUCAUUGGCAAACUUCAGACGGGCCUGAACAUGCGCUGGCUUGAGCAGGGGGACCUUGCGUGCGCUGCAGGAUUUUAAUCCAUGACGGCAUAAUGUGUUACUAAUGGUUUUCUUUGAGACUGUGGUCUCAGCUCUCUUCAGGUCAUUGAUCAGGUCCUGCCGUGUAGUUCUGGGCUGAUCCCUCACCUUCCUCAUGAUCAUUGAUGCCCCACGAGGUGAGAUCUUGCAUGGAGCCCCAGACCGAGGGUGAUUGACAGUCAUCUUGAACUUCUUCCAUUUUCUAAUAAUUGCGCCAACAGUUGUUGCCUUCUCACCAAGCUGCUUGCCUAUUGUCCUGCAGCCCAUCCCAGCCUUGUGCAGGUCUACAAUUUUAUCCCUGAUGUCCUUACACAGCUCUCUGGUCUUGGACAUUGUGGAGAGGUUGAAGUCUGUUUGAUUGAGUGUGUGGACAGGUGUCUUUUAUACAGGUAACGAGUUCAAACAGGUGCAGUUAAUACAGGUAAUGAGUGGAGAACAGAAGGGCUUCUUAAAGAAAAACUAACAGGUCUGUGAGAGAUGGAAUUCUUACUGGUUGGUAGGUGAUCAAAUACUUAUGUCAUGCAAUAAAAUGCAAAUUAAUUACUUAAAAAUCAUACAAUGUGAUUUUCUGGAUUUUUGUUUUAGAUUCCGUCUCUCACAGUUGAAGUGUACCUAUGAUAAAAAAUUACAGACCUCUACAUGCUUUGUAAGUAGGAAAACCUGCAAAAUCAGCAGUGUAUCAAAUACUUGUUCUCCCCACUGUAUAUACACCUGUUCUGAAAGGCCCCAGAGUCUGCAACACCACUAAGCAAGGGGCACCACCAAGCAAGCGGCACCAUGAAGACCAAGGAGCUCUCCAAACAGGUCAGGGACAAAGUUGUGGAGAAGUACAGAUCAGGGUUGGGUUAUAAAAAAAUAUCAGAAACUUUGAACAUAUUACAGAGCACCAUUACAUCCAUUAUUAAAAAAUGGAAAGAAUAUGGCACCACAACAAACCUGCCAAGAGAGGGCCGCCCACCAAAACAUUAAUCAGAGAGGCAACAAAGAGACCAAAGAUAACCCUGAAGGCGCUGCAAAGCUCCACAGCGGAGAUUGGAUUAUCUGUCCAUAGGGCCACUUUAAGCCGUACACUCCACAGAGCUGGGCUUUAUGGAAGAGUGGCCAGAAAAAAAAACAUGACUUAAAGAAAAAAAUAAGCAAACACGUUUGGUGUUCGCCAAAAGGCAUGUGGGAGACUCCCCAAACAUAUGGAAGAAGGUACUCUGGUCAGAUGAGAUGAAAAUUGAGCUUUUUGGCCAUCAAGGAAAACGCUAUGUCUGGAGCAAACCCAACACCUCUCAUCCCCCCGAGAACACCAUCCCCACAGUGAAGCAUGGUGGUGGCAGCAUCAUGCUGUGGGGAUGUUUUUCAUCGGCAGGGACUGGGAAACUGGUCAGAAUUGAAGGAAUUAUGGAUGGCGCUAAAUACAGGGAAAUUCUUGAGGGAAACCUGUUUCAGUCUUCCAGAGAUUUGAGACUGGGACGGAGGUUCACCUUCCAGCAGGACAUAGACCCUAAGCAUACUGCCAAAGCAACAAUCUAGUGGUUUAAGGGGAAACAUUUAAAUGUCUUGGAAUGGCCUAGUCAACGCCCAGACCUCAAUCCAAUUGAGAAUAUGUGGUAUGACUUAAAGAUUACUGUACACCAGCGGAACCCAUCCAACUUAAAGGAGCUGGAGCAGUUUUGCCUUGAAGAAUGGGAAAAAAUCCCAGUGGCUAGAUGUGCCAAGCUUAUAGAGACAUACCCCAAGAGACUUUCAGCUGUAAUUGCUGCAAAAGGUGGCUCUACAAAGUAUUGACUUUGGGGGGGGGGGGGGGGGGGGGGGGGGGGGGGGGGGGGGGGGGGGGUUGGUGAAUAGUUAUGCAUGCCCAAAUGUUUUUGUUUCACAAAAAAAAAUAUUUUGUAUCUUCAAAGUGGUAGGCAUGUUGUGCAAAUCAAAUGAUACAAACUCCCCAAAAAUCAAUUUUAAUUCCAGGUUGUAAGGCAACAAAAUAGGAAAAAUGCCAAGGGGGAUGAAUACUUUCGCAAGCCACUGUACCAUGCCACUCCAAUCUACAGUCGAGAGCCUGUAUGAGCACGUGACACACAGCAAGAAGUAACCUUUCCUCUGGGGGUUAUGUUUCACUGGGGAACUGUAAAAAUACAAUGGCACUCAAAUAUACAGUAUCACUAAGAUCUCACCCUUUGUUCCCACCUAUGUUAACCUUAACGUUGACAGCAAAUAUCACUCACCUCCCCUGACCUUGGGUCAGAGAAGGAUUAGUGUUACAUAACGAUCCCUGAAAUGCUGUAGCUCUCUAACAGUCAUAUUCAGAGGUCAACAAAGACCUUAGUUGAACAAUGUGCAUGUGGAUGUUAACAACAUCUCCCCCUCAGGUGGCAGCUCUGCAGGGUAACCUGAGUGAGACAGGUGAGAAGUACAGACUGGAGAUGGAGCACCUGCAGGCCACGCUGUCCCAGCUGGAGGAGGACCUGUCUCAGCUGCGUCUGGACAUGCAGGUACUUACUGGUAGCCCAGCGGCUAAGGAGGUGGACCUGUAUAUAGAUUUAUGUUGUUUACUGUAACAAAAGGACCAAUAAAGUUGUAUCGGGUAUUGUGUUGUUUUGCAGCGCAACAAGACAGACUACGAACAGCUGCUCCGCAUCAAGCAGAACCUGGAGAUGGAGAUUGCCACCUACAGAAGACUACUGGAGGGAGAGGAGACGUGAGUCACCAUGAUAAUAUAUGCCAUUUAGCAGACGUGUUUAUCCAAAGUGACUUGCAGUUAUGGGUGGGUACAUUUUUUACAUAUGGGUGGUCCUGGGAAUCGAACCCACUAUCCUGGCAUUGCUAGAGACCCAUGCCCUAUCAACUGCGCUACGGAACAUGAUUAUGCUACAGUAAGAAGUAAUUAAGGGAUGCUUAGUGAGUACUGUAUAUCCAGGCUAGUUCUCCUCUCAAAGGACUACAUUAUCUGCUUUGUUGUGUUGAGUCUAACAAAGAAUUGCUCUUUCCUGGUAAACCAGCCAAUUGAUGACCAUACAUGGUAACAUCUUCAGGCUCUGCUGUAGCUGGCUGCAACCGGGAGACCAAUGGGGCGGCGCACAAUUGGCCCAGCGUCGUCCAGGGUAGGGGAGGGAAUGGCCGGCAGGGAGGUAGCUCAGUUGGUAGAGCAUGGCGUUUGCAACGCCAGGGUUGUGGGUUCGAUUCCCACGGGGGGCCAGUAUGAAAAAAAUAUGAAUAAUGUAUGCACUAACUGUAAGUCGCUCUGGAUAAGAGCGUCUGCUAAAUAAUGUAAAUGUCAAUGUAAAAUCUUCUGCCUGUGACAAUUUCCAUGUUUCAGCCCAAGUAAUUGUGCACGUUUUAACUCUAACCUUCUUCUUCCGUUAUUCAUGCAGGAUUAAAGAAGUUCCCCCACCAAAAAGUGAGUAUCAUCAGUAUAUUAACUUCACUUUGCUUUACUCUCACUUCUUUAAUUAACACAGGCUAACCUAAGCAAACAUCAAAGCUUGGCAUUACUCACUCAGCACACAGCAACACAUUGAUUGGUUGAUUGCGGCUGUGACCGUUCACCUGGAUGGCGAGGCCUUCUUUAUCAGUGUGACAUCAGGGAAUUCCAUCCAUGGCGUGUGAUAAGAAUCCCCAUUCAUUCAUGAACACGUCAUUUAAUUCUCACACAGAGAGACCUCAAUUCACCUCAACCUCUCAAAUGGACUGCAUGGACCCACCCUGGUCACCCACUCUUUUGUUUAUCUUUCUUUCUUAUUUUCCCUCCUCCCUUUGCCCUUCUCCAUCUCUCUAUAUGUACAGUGCCUUGAAAAAGUAUUCAUCCCCCUUUGCGUUUUUCCUAUUUUGUUGCAUUACAACCUGUAAUUUAAAUAGAUUUUUAUUUGGAUUUCAUGUAAUGGACAUACACAAAAUAGUCCAAAUUGGUGAAGUGGAAUUUAAAAAAUAACUUGUUUCAAAAAAUUCAAAAGAAUAAAUAACGGAAAAGAGGUGCGUGCAUAUGUAUUCACACCCUUUGUUAUGAAGCCCCUAAAUAAGAUCUGAUGCAACCAAUUACAUUCAGAAGUCACAUAAUUAGUUAAAUAAAGUCCACCUGUGUGCAAUCUAAGUGUCACAUGAUCUCAGUAUAUAUACACCUGUUCUGAUAGGCCCCAGAGUCUGCAACACCACUAAGCAAGGGGCACCACCAAGCAAGCGGCACCAUGAAGACCAAAGAGCUCUCCAAACAGGUCAGGGACAAAGUUGUGGAGUAGUACAGAUCAGGGUUGGGUUACAAAAAAAUAUCUGAAACUUUGAACAUCCCACGGAGCACCAUUACAUCCAUUAUUAAAAAAUUGAAAGAAUAUGGCACCACAACAAAAGACUUUCAGCUGUAAUUGCUGCAAAAGGUGGCUCUACAAAGUAUUUUAUUUGGGGGGUUGGGGGUGAAUAGUUAUGCACGCUCAAGUUUUCAGUUUUUUUGUCUUAUUUCUUGUUUGUUUCACAAUAAAAAAUAUUUUGCAUCUUCAAAGUGGUAGGCAUGUUGUGUAAAUCAAGUGAUACAAACCCCCAAGAAAUCUAUUUUAAUUCCAGGUUGUAAGGCAACAAAAUAGGUAAAAUGCCAAGGGGGGUGAAUACUUUCGCAAGCCACUGUAUAUGACUUGUGUUUUAUAUGGGCAUAUAUGGUAGAAACAUAUACAAUAUGCCCAUAUAUACUUAUAUAGGUAUCCACACAUGCUGUAUAUAAGUACAUGUAAGUACAUAUAUGUUACAUAUACAUUACCAGUCAAAAGUUUGGACACACCUACUCAUUCAAGGGUAUUUCUUUAUUUUUACUAUUUUCUACAAUGUAGAAUAAUAGUGAAUACAUCAAAACUAUGAAAUAACAAAUAUUGAAUCAUGUAGCAACCAAAAAAGUGUUAAACAAAAUAUAUUUGAGAUUCUUCAAAGUAGCCACCCUUUGCCUUGAUGACAGCUUUGCACACCCUUGGCAGUCUCUCAACCAGCUUCUUGAGGAAUGCUUUUCCAACAGUCUUGAAGGAGUUCCCACAUAUGCUGAGCACUUGUUGGAUGCUUUUCCUUCACUCUGCGGUCCAACUCAUCCCAAAUCAUCUCAAUUGGGUUUAGGUCGGGUGAUUGUAGAGGCCAGGUCAUCUGAUGCAGCACUCCAUCACUCUCUCAUUGGUCAAAUAACCCUUACACAGCCUGGAGGUGUGUUUGGGGUCAUUGUCCUGUUGAAAAACAAAUGAUAGUCCCACUAAGCGCAAACCAGAUAGGAUGGCGUAUCGGUGCGGAAUGCUGUGAUAGCCAUGCAGGUUAAGUGUGCCUUGAAUUUUAAAUAAAUCACAGACAGUGUCACCAGCAAAGCACCCCCACACCAUCACUCCUCCUCCUCCAUGCUUCACGGUGGGAACCACACAUGUGGAGAUCAUUCAUUCACCUACUUUGCGUCUCACAAAGACACGGCGGUUGGAACCAAAUAUCUCAAAUUUGAACUAAUCAGACCAAAGGACAGAUUUCCACCGGUCUAAUGUCCAUUGGUCGUGUUUCUUGGCCCAAGCAAGUCUCUUCUUAUUAUUGGUGUCCUUUAGUAGUGGUUUCUUUGCAGCAAUUCGACCAUGACCUAUUCACGCAGUCUCCUCUGAACAGUUGAUGUUGAGAUAUGUCUGUUACUUGAACUCUGUGAAGCAUUUAUUUGGGCUGCAAUUUCUGAGGCUGGUAACACUUUCAAAGUUUUUGACAUUUUCUGGAUUGACUGACCUUCAUGUCUUAAAGUAAUGAAGGACUGUCGUUUCUCUUUUUUUAUUUGAGUUGUUCUUGCCAUAAUAUGGACUUGGUCUUUUACCAAAUAGGGCUGUCUUCUGUAUACCCCCCCCCCACCUUGUCACAACACAACUGAUUGGCUCAAACGCAUUAAAGAAGGAAAUAAAUUCUACAAAUUAACUUCUAACAAGGUACCCCUGUUAAUUUAAAUGCAUUGCAGUUGACUACCUCAUUACAUUUACAUUUACCUCAUGAAGCUGGUUGAGAGAAUGCCAAGAGUGUGCAAAGCUGUCAUCAAGACAAAGGGUGGCUACUUUGAAGAAUCUCAAAUAUAACAUAUAUUUUGAUUUGUUUAACACUUUUUUGGGCUCUACAUGAUUCCAUAUGUGUUAUUUCAUAGUUUUGAUGUCUUCACUAUUAUUCUACAUUGUAGAAAAUAGUAAAAAUAAAGAAAAACCCUGGAAUGAGUAGGUGUGUCCAAACCUUUGACUGGUACUGUAUGUUGAAAGGAUUGGCCGUUUUCAUAUAUGUGACAUAUUUCUGCCUUAUAUACACAUAUGUGCAUAUAUGUAUAAUGCCUAUAUGCUCACAUACAGUAUGUGUGACACAUGUCGUAUUAAAAUAUUUAUUACGUAUAUGUCCCAUAUGUCAAUAUGUGUUAACAUAUAUGUUACGGGAGCAUUAUUGAAGUGACACUUGUAUUCAUGGUAAUAAAACAUUAGAACAAACGCCACAAAACACAAAACUUAAUUUAAGCCUAUUCAUGUCAUCAAUUCUCAAUUCAGCUGUUUUACUGUUUUUAUAUUUUCCUACUUUUCCCUUUGUUGCACCCGGUAAGGGCUUCAUGACAGCAUCUGUGGGGAAAAAGCAACAAAUAUAAGAUAAACAGCCCAUAGAACAGUUAGGGGUUCACCUUUAUGUGAAAAGCUUAUUAGAUUUAGUUUAAUAGGAAAUCCUUGACCAUUAAUGCCCUAUUUUAAAUUAUUGAUUUGCAAAUUCAAUUAAGGGAUAGUUAACCUUUUUACACCUUAUAGUCAGUGAGAUUAAUCCUUAUCCUGAAAGUAGUCCAUGGGCCAGGAGAAACUGUAAUCCAUGAUUCAGAGUUGUUUAAAUAUAUCACGUUUCAGGAGAAGACCCAGAUGCAGACAGUGUCGAAGUAACAAAAGUUUCUAACAAAAACAGGGGGCAGGCAAACGACAGGUCAAGGGCAGGCAGAGGUCAGUAAUCCAGAUCAGAACAUUAAGUAGCCUCUUUUCACAGGCGAUGUAUCUCCGACACAACAUCUGUUAUCCUUACAUGUGCAUUCUGAGUUGGAGACCCCCCAAAAAUGACUCAAUGUGAUUGGAUCUUCUUCGAACUUGGAGACGAAAUUCUAUUGAGCCUGAGAAAGCUUCCACCUCACCCCCAAGGCCGAGCCCCUCCUAGCCAUAAUCUCAACAAAACGGAGCUGCUCUUCCUCCCGGGGAAGGCCUGCCCAUUCCAAGACCUCGCCAUCAUGGUUGACCACUCCGCCCUCCAGACGUUAUUUGGGACAGUAACGUUCGAGCCUGGGUGACUUUUGAUCUGCAAAACAUCAGUAUUUCACUUAGAUGCUGUAAAAAACUAUAAAGUACUAUAACUAAGUAAAGUAACAUAAUACAUCCUCUGUAUUUAAAAUAGUCAUACUAGCUAAUAUAUUGACUUGUAUUUAAAAAAUAUACCUUCUCAGCAUUAAUCUUAACCUCAGAUGAUAUAAAAGUUAACAAUCAUGUACUAUGUUUAAAGAAAAGGAAAACACUUACACUAUAUAUACAAAAGUAUCUGGACACCACUUCAAAUGAGUGGAUUCGGCUAUUUCAGCCACACCCGUUGCUGACAGGUGUAUAAAAUCGAGCACACAUAUCCAUGCAAUCUCCAUAGACACACAUUGGCGGUAGAAUGGCCUUACAGUAGAGCUCAGUGACAUUCAACAUGGCACCGAACAAGUCAGUUCGUCAAAUUUCUGCCCUGCUAGAGCUGCCGCGGUCAACUGUUAUUGUGAAGUGGAAACGUCUAGGAGCAACAACAGCUCAGCUGCGAAGUGUUCGGCCACACAAGCCCACAGAACGGGAUCACCAAGUGCUAAAGCUUCAUGAAAUGGGUUUCCAUGGCCAAGCAGCCACACACAAGCCUAAGAUCACCAUGCAUAAUGCCCAGCGUUGGCUGCAGUGAUGUAAAGCUCGCCGCCAUUGGACUCUGAAAUAGUCUGAAGUGAUGAAUCACGCUUCACGAUCUGGCAGUCCGACGGACGAAUCUAGGUUUGGCGGAUGCCAGGUAAAUGCUACCUGCCCCAAUGCAUAGUGCCAACUGUAAAGUUCGGUAGAGGAGGAAUGGUCUGGGGCUGUUUUUCAUGGUUCGGGCUAGGCCCCUUAGUUCCAGUGAAGGGAAAUCUUAACGCUACAGCAUACGAUGACAUUAUAGACAAUUCCGUGCUUCCAACUUUGUGGCAACAGUUUGGGAAGGCCCUCGUGCACAAAGCGAGGUCCAUACAGAAAUAUUUUUGGGAGAUCGUUGUGGAAGAACUUGACUGGCCUGCACAGAGCCCUGACCUCAACCCCAUCAAACAUCUUUGGGAUGAAUUGGAACGCCGACUGCGAGCCAGGCCUAACUGCCCAACAUCAGUGCCCGACCUCACUAAUGCUCUUGUGGCUGAAUGGAAGCAAGUCCCCACAGCAAUGUUCCAACAUCUAGUGGAAAGCAUUCCCAGAAGAGUGGAGGCUGUUAUAGCAGCAAAGGGGGGACCAACUCCAUAUUAAUGCCCAUGAUUUUGGAAUGAGAUGUUCGACGAGCAGGUGUCCACAUACUUUUGGUAUUGUAGUGCAUAAGGCCAUAUAUUACUUUUCCGUAUGGGACUGCUAAACUAACCCAAGAUCAGCAUCUAGGGGCAACUUUAUCCUACACUGAGCUGUUACACAAGGAAACAUCCCUAGGCUAGCGUGUGUAAAGACUGUUGGUGGUAGAUGUAAAGAGCAAAGGUUAGGUACUCCAGGCCAUUGGCUCGCUGACAAAGCGAACUGCUAUUUACACUACAGGUUCAAAGUAGGUUCAGCGGCAUUCCCUUAUGUCAGAAUAAAAUGUACAACUUCGAUUCUGUGCUGCUUCCACCACCCUGGCAUCAAAUCAAGGGCCGUGGCCACACACUAAUGACAGUUUGUUUCAUAAACCUGCAAACAAAGCAAACGCCCAAAACAUAUCUGUCCCUAGCAACUACAGUAGGUACAAAUAUACUGUAAGCCGUAAUGUUGUAACUACGUCUUCAUGUAAGCCUGCAACUCACUCAAUCCCUUCGGUAACACUUUAUUUGAAGGACUAUGGACUCCAUAACUCAUUCAUAAGCAGUAGGUAAGUCAUCAACAGCAAGUUAGCAAGUUCAUAGGCUGUGUUACAAACCAGAGCCUGUGUUACAGUAUUAGUGUGACCCUGUGACAUUCAGUAACCCAUCUUCCUCUCCUGCUCAUCCACUACCUCUCGUUGCAUUGCAGAAGAGCCAGAGGUGUGGACCAGGAAGAUAGUGAAGGUGGUGACACAGACCAUGAUCAACGGCAAGGUGGUGGAUGAGUCCAGCGAGGUGGAGCAAAUAGAAGAAGAAGUGAAGAAGAAGUGAGGUGGACAUAAUCAUCUUCAUCCUCCUCAUCACUCCUAACACCUGACAAGCCUCCAUCAGACACAAGGACCAGCCAACCCGCUGGCCAUAAAGGGCUCACACUAACAUGGAUGUCUGUUUUAUUCCCAUCAGAGUCUUAGUCUUCCCUGUUUCUCUCUGGAGCAUCCUGCAUUACCUCAUUCACAUGUCUGGAGAUAAUGAGAUAUACUGUAAGUGAAUGGGAUGUCUACUACAGCAUCCAUUUUAAGAAGUCCCUCAGUUGUCAGAUGAAACUCCCUCAGUUGUGUCCUGUCCUCUAUCAUGGUGGUUGUUUAAUAGAAGGUUUUGCUUUGUGUAUGAAACUAUUUAUUUAUAGAUUUAGGGAACAAGUAGUCCAUACAGUAGAUCUCUUUCACUUCAAUUGCAUUUAUUCUGUUUUGUUUUCCGUCUGUUUGUAUUCUAUAAACUUCUGUAAGGACUGAAAUAAAGGUUAGUCAUUUAGUCAAA